GGUAUGCACGGUGGUCUCGGUGAGAGGAGGGGCCAUGGGCGGGGCUGUAGCACUUCUCAUUUCCCCGCCAUGGUAAGCGGGGCAGCAGGGCUGGAGAGACCUCCGGGGAGCCCAGUACUCGCCAGUCCAGCACGGAGAGCCGCCUGGCCAAAAGCUGCGCCGCGCAUUUGCCAGGAUUGCCAAAUAUUCCCGAAAAAUAUACCUGCUAUUUAUGGCAUGUGGCUUGUAACUUUACUCCUGCUGUACUCCUUUCAAGAAGUACACAGUGAGGAUGUGGGCUCUACCAGGCUGUACUUUGUGAACGCCUCCCUGCAGAGGGUGACCUACUCCAGCUCGGUGGGGGUGUCCCUGCCCUGCCCGGCAGGAGGCACCCCCAGUGCCAUCCUGCGCUGGUAUUUGGCCACCGGCGACGACAUUUACGACGUGCCCCACAUCCGCCACGUCCAUGCCAACGGCACCCUCCAGCUGUACCCAUUCUCCCCCUCGGCCUACAACAGCUACAUCCAUGACAACGACUAUUUCUGCACCGCCGAAAACCAGGCCGGCAAGAUCCGCAGCCCCAAUAUCCGCAUCAAAGCUGUUUUCAGGGAACCCUAUACAGUGCGUGUGGCAGACCAACGCUCUAUGCGGGGCAACGUAGCUGUGUUCAAGUGCCUCAUCCCCACCGCCGUGCAGGAGUACGUCAGUGUGGUGUCCUGGGAGAGAGACACCGUUUCCAUCGUCCCAGGCAACAGGUUCUCCCUGACCUCCUUCGGGGCUCUUUACAUCUCGGAUGUCCAGAAGGAGGACGCCCUCUCCACCUACCGCUGCAUCACCAAACACAAGUACAGCGGAGAGACGCGGCAGAGCAAUGGAGCCAGGCUCUCCGUGAUGGAUCCCACCGAGUCCUCUCCAUCCAUCCUGGACAGUUUCCAGGCUGGGGAGGUGUAUGCAGGCCAGAACGUUGAGCUGCCCUGCAUAGCGGGAGGGUACCCCAGCCCCACAGUGCGCUGGCUGAAGGACGGCCGCCCGCUGCCUUCAGACGCCCGCUGGACACGGCGUCUGACGGGUCUUACCAUCAGUGACCUGAGGCAGGAGGACAGCGGCAGCUAUGCCUGUGAGGUCACCAACAGCUUUGGCUCCAAGGAGGUGUCCGGACAACUUCACGUUAUAGACCCCCUGCGAGUGACCUUGUCCCCCAAGAGCCUGAAGACGGGAAUCAGCAGCACCCUGUUCUUCACCUGCACCGUGGAGGGAUCUCCAGAGUACACUGUCACCUGGUACAGAAACACAGAGCCCAUCAUCUCUGACCAGCACAUCUCCAUUCAGGGAUCGCACAAUGACACCCUUCAGAUCACUGCAGCACAGAAGUUUCACUCUGGGGCCUAUCAAUGCUUUGCCUCCCGCAAGGGCCACACUGCUCAGGACUUUUCCAUUAUUCUGCUAGAGGAUGGUACUCCUCGUAUUGUAUCGUCCUUUAGUGAGCGAGUGGUGAAUCCCGGCGAGCCUUUCUCCCUCAUGUGUGCUGCCAAAGGAGCCCCGCCCCCCUCCAUCACCUGGACACUGGACGACGAACCUGUGGUGCGAGACUCUGCCUACAAGACCAGCCAGUACACCCUAUCGGAUGGCUUGACGGUGUCGCAUGUCAACGUCAGCAGCCCGCUCAUUCGCGACGGGGGAGUGUAUCGUUGCGCUGCACGCAACUCGGCCGGUAGCGCCGAGUACCAAGCGCGCAUAAACGUAAGAGGUCCACCCAGAAUUAGACCCAUGCGUGACAUCACAGCAGUGGCAGGAAGGAACACCUACAUAACAUGCCGUGUGAUUGGCUACCCGUAUUAUUCCAUUAAGUGGCUGAAAGAUGGCAUGCAGCUGCCUGACAACCAUCGUCAGGUGGUGUUCGAGAAUGGCACCCUGAGGCUGACAGAUGUGCAGAAGGGUGCGGACGAGGGCACCUACCUGUGCAGCGUUCUGAUCCAACCCCAGCUGUCAAUCAAUCAGACUGUUCAUGUCACCGUCAAAGUGCCACCGCUGAUCCAGCCCUUCGACAUCCCUUCUACCUCAGUGGGGAAGCUCAUGUACAUCGCCUGCGUGGUGUCUUCAGGGGACAUGCCCAUACGCAUCACCUGGCACAAAGAUGGACAGCUCAUCGUGCCAGGCUCCUCCACUGGCGUCGCUAUAGAGACCAAAGAGUUUAUGAGCUCCCUGCAAAUCUCCAAGGUGACCCUGAAGCACAACGGAAAUUACACCUGCAUCGCCAGCAACGCCGCUGCAAUGGUCAGCUGGGAAAGACAGUUGAUUGUCACUGUCCCGCCACGUUUUGUGGUGCAGCCCAACAACCAAGAUGGCAUCUAUGGCAAGGCAGGGGUCCUCAACUGCUCCGUGGAGGGAUACCCGCCUCCAAAAGUCAUGUGGAAACAUGCCAAGGGUGUGGGCAACCCACAGCAGUACCACCCAGUCCCUCUAACGGGCCGUAUCCAGAUCAUGUCAAACGGCUCCUUGCUGAUCCGACAUGUUCUGGAGGACGACCGGGGGUACUACCUCUGUCAGGCCUCCAACGGAGUAGGAUCAGACAUCAGUAAGAGCAUGAUCCUCACCGUCAAGAUUCCCGCCAUGAUCACCAGCCAUCCCAACACCACCAUGGCGAAGAAGGGCCAGACCAAGGAGCUGAACUGCACAGCACGAGGCGAGCAGCCCAUAAUCAUCCGCUGGGAAAGAGGAGACACCGUCAUUGAUGCUGAGAGGAACCCCCGCUACUCUAUCACCAUAAACAAGAAAGGAGAUGAAGUCAUUUCCACCCUCAAGCUAAACCCAGCAGAACGGGGAGACUCUGUUUUUUUCUCUUGUCACGCCAUCAACUCCUAUGGAGAGGGUCGAGGCCUUAUUCAGCUCACUGUUCAAGAGCCCCCAGAUCCACCUGAGCUGGAGGUGAGAGAGGUGAAGGACCGGAGCAUGAACCUGCGCUGGAUCCAAAGGUUUGAUGGCAACAGCAUCAUCACCAGCUACGACAUCGAGUACAAGAACAAGUCAGAUUCUUGGGACCACAUGUACACAACCAGGAACAUCUCCCCCACCAACAACCAGGCUAACAUAGUGGAACUGCACCCAGCCUGUGUCUACAGCAUCCGAAUGUACUCCUUCAACAAGAUUGGUCGUAGCCUGCCCAGCAAAGAGCUCACCAUCAGCACCGAGGAAGCACAGCCCGACGGCCCACCCAUUGAUGUGGUCCUCCAGCCAAUGACAUCUCAGAGCAUACGGGUCACAUGGAGGGCUCCCAAAAAGGAGCUACAGAACGGCGUGAUCCGAGGCUAUCAGAUCGGCUACAGGGAGAAUGGACCAGGCAGCAAUGGCCAGUAUAGCAUUGUGGAGAUGAAGGCUACUGGUGACAGCGAGGUGUACACCCUGGACAACCUGAAGAAGUUUGCCCAAUACGGGGUAGUGGUCCAGGCCUUCAACAGAGCCGGGACUGGGCCCUCCAGCACCGAGAUCAACGCUACAACCCUGGAGGAUGUGCCCAGCGAGCCGCCCCAGAAUGUAAGAGCCAUCUCGGUGACGUCGGACGAGGCGGUGAUCACGUGGGCGGAGCCUCCACGGCUGACGCUGCACGGUGUGCUGAAAGGCUACCGCGUCGUGUUCUGGUCCCUCUUCCCUGACGGAGGUGGGUGCUGUGGGGGCCGGGCCCAGUGGCCAAUGCAGAAAUGGGGAGAGAUGCAGAACAUCACCACCACCCGCGAACAGGUAGAGCUCCGGGGACUGGAGAAGUUCACCAACUACAGUGUUCAGGUCCUGGCCUACACACAGGCCGGGGACGGGGUCCGCAGCAACGUCCUCUACAUACAAACCCGCGAGGACCUUCCUGGUCCACCGGCUGGAAUCAAGGCAGUCCCAUCCUCUCCCAGUAGUGUGGUUGUGUCCUGGCUGCCUCCCCACAAACCAAAUGGGGUCAUUCGCAAGUAUACUAUCUACUGCUCCAGCCCAGGCUCCGGUCAGCCGGCCCCCAGCGAGUACGAGGCCAACCCAGAGAUGCUGUUCUACCGCAUUACCCACCUGACACGCGGCAAACAGUACCACAUCUGGGCCGCAGCCGUGACAACUGCCGGCCGUGGCAACAUCAGCGAAAAGGUCACAGUGGAGCCUGCUGGGAAAGCCCCAGCUAAGAUCCUGUCCUUCGGGGGCACAGUCACCACACCCUGGAUGAAGGAGGUGCGUCUGCCCUGUGGCUCGGUUGGAGAACCUGACCCUGACAUCAAAUGGACCAAAGACAGUGAGGACUCUGCCAUCCCGGUGACAGCAGAUAGUCAACGUCAGAUCUUGUCCAAUGGUACGCUGGUGUUGCGUUCAGUCAAGGCAGAGGAUUCUGGGUACUAUACCUGUACAGCCACCAACACCUUGGGAUUUGACACCAUCAUAGUCAAUCUUCUGGUGCAGGUUCCUCCUGACCAACCACGCCUGACUGUGUCCACUACCUCCACCUCCUCCAUCACCCUUGCUUGGAUCCCGGGGGACAAUGGUGGAAGCUCCAUCAGAGGUUUUGUACUGCAGUAUUCUGUUGACAACACGGAGGAAUGGAGGGAUGUCUUCAUCAGCUCCAGUGAACGCUCCUUCAGGCUGGACAAUCUGCGCUGUGGUACCUGGUACAAGGUCAAGCUGGCCGCCAAGAACAGUGUGGGCUCUGGACGGAUCAGUGAAAUCAUUGAGGCCAAGACCCACGGAAGAGAGCCUGUGUUCAACAAGGACCAACCGCUGCUCACUCACAUCAAUUCCACCCACGCAGGGCUUAACUUGCAGGGGUGGACCAGUGGUGGUUGUCCCAUCACUGCCCUAAUGCUUGACUUCAGGCCCAAGGGCACCUGGGCCUGGCAGAGCCUGAAGGCAAACUCUACCAGUCAGCUCUUCCUCAGCGAGCUACGUGAAGCCACCUGGUAUGAGCUUAAGAUGAAGGCCUGCAACAGCGCUGGGUGUGGCAACCAGAGCUCCCAGUUUGCCACCACUGACUAUGAUGGCAGUACCAUCCCUCCCAUUAAGUCAGCUCGUGGAGAGGGGGAUGACGUGAAAAAAUUGUUCUCUAUCGGUUCUCCCGUUAUCCUGGUUACUCUUGGUGUUGCCUUGCUUUUCAUUAUCCGCAAGAAACGCAAGGAAAAGAGGCUCAAACGACUCCGAGAUGCUAAGAGCCUUGCAGAGAUGCUUAUUAGUAAAAACAACCGCAGCAUGGACACUCCCGUAAAAGGUCCUCCUCAAGGCCCAAGGCUUCAUAUUGACAUCCCGCGGGUUCAGUUGCUUAUCGAGGACAAGGAGGGCAUCAAGCAGAUAGGGGAGGACAAGGCAGCAGUGCCAGUCACUGACACCGAGUUCAGCCAAUCAGUGAAUCCCCAGAACUUCUGCACAGGUGUGUCUCUGCACCACCAAGCCCUCAUCCAGAAUACAGGGCCUUUGAUCGACAUGUCAGACAUCCGCCCGGGCACAAACCCUGUUUCCAGGAAGAGUAUAAAGUCAGCUCACAGCUCCAGGAACAGGUACUCCAGCCAGUGGACGCUGAGCCGACCAGGUCAGAGCCAGUCUACAGCCUCCGCCCGAACUCUGACCUCUGACUGGCGCACAAUGGGAUCUCAUGGCAUCACCGCCACUGAGAGUGACAGCUACAGUGCUAGUCUCUCCCAAGACACAGAUAAGGGCCGUAACAGUAUGGUGUCAACAGAGAGCGCGUCUUCCACCUAUGAGGAGUUGGCCAGGGCCUACGAGCAUGCCAAGCUAGAGGAGCACCUGCAGCAUGCUAAAUUCACCAUCACAGAGUGCUUCAUAUCUGACAGCUCAUCUGACCAGAUGACCACGGGUACCAAUGACCCAGCAGACAGCAUGACCUCCCUCAGCACACCCUCUGAACCAGGCAUUUGCCGCUUCACUGCCUCACCACCCAAACCCCAGGACUAUGACCGUGGCAAAAAUGUGGCAGUGCCGAUUCCCCACCGCGCCAACAAAAGCGAAUUCUGCAACCUACCCCUCUACAUGAAAACAGAUCCAUUCUUCCGUAAGCAAGGGGAGCUGCAUGAUCCAUGCCCGGCAGUGCCACCACGAGAAGCCUCAAUCCGCAGCCUGGCACAGCGGGCGUACCACACCCAGGGCCGCCACAUGACUCUAGACCCUGCCAAGCAACAGGCCCUGACGCUUGGCCACUCUGGGUUGGGCAGCUUGGGUGUUAGCUCGGGCACUGCCACCCUGCCCCAGAGGACACUCACCAUGCCCGGUUCCAACACUGCAGCCACAGCUUCAACUUCCAGCACUAGCAGCAACCCCACCAACAGUAACAAGGUGGGGGGCUCCAGAGACUCACUGCUAGAAAGCAGCUCCUCAGCACUGGGGAGACUGCAGAAACAGAGUGUGGGCGCCUACUCCAAGUCAUAUACGUUGGUGUAG